GUUCACGGAAUAAAUUAGGCGAUAUGCUAAUCGAAGGUAAGUAAAGUUCUAGGUAUUACACAUAGUAAGUAGGUAGACAUUAGUUAAUAACGUAACUGUCUGAAUUCAAUUAAUGUAACAACGUGACAUUUUCAGAGCACAUAGAGGUACUUGACUAUUUAUUAUAUAAGUUGGCACGUGCCGAAAAUGAUGUCUCACAACAGCUAAGCACUUCAACACUUUUGUAAACAGUUGUGAAAAUUGUAACUUAUUGUUUUAUUGAAGAUCCAGCUCACGAUGAGAUCCGUCUAUCAGCUCGUAGCUGCAACAUUUGCAGUAUCUCUGGUUACUGCUUCUUCGGAACGCUGUGCUAAAUCCGAAGUGAGGAAAUUACCAGAAAAACUGAAGUUGGGGGCUGCAACCGCUGCUUUUCAAAUUGAAGGCGCUUGGGACGCCGCAGACAAAUCUCCAAGCAUUUGGGAUACCUUCUGCCGAAUCCCUGGAAACGUAAAAGACGGUACUGAUGGAAACGACACGUGUAAAUCCUACGAAUACUACCAAAGAGACAUCGAAAUGCUCAAGUUUCUAGGAGUUGACUACUAUAGAUUCUCCAUUUCAUGGCCCAGAGUUCUGCCGACUGGGUUUGCUAAUAAAAUUAGUGAAGAAGGUAUUGCAUAUUACAGUAAAUUGGUUGAUGAAUUAUUGGCUAAUGGAAUUGAGCCAGUAGCCACUCUUUAUCACUGGGACUUACCUCAAAGCCUGCAAGAUUUAGGCGGUUGGACCAAUCCUCUAAUUGCGGACUGGUUUGAAGACUACGCCCGGGUAUUGUUCGACGCAUUGGGUGAUCGAGUCAAGAGCUGGAUAACGAUUAAUGAACCAAAACAAUUUGCAAUCUUCGGUUAUGGAAUGGAAUAUUUCGCUCCACAAGUAAAUUCAGCCGGAAUAGGUGAUUACAUGGCUACCAAGAACAUUUUGCUGGCCCACGCUAGAGUAUGGCAUUUAUACGAUGAGGAGUACAGAGAUACUCAGAAAGGCAUUUGCGGCAUAACAAUAGCAGCCGAUUUCUGCGAAGGCGCCUCGGAUUCCCCAGACGACAUAGAAGCAGGGAAAUUAGCGAUGGAUUUCGAAGUUGGUCUCUACGCUCAUCCAAUAUUCUCUUCCACUGGUGGAUUCCCAGAAAGGGUGGUGAAACGCGUCGCAGAAAAGAGCGCGGAACAAGGUUUUCUUAGAAGCAGGUUGCCUGAACUAACGCAGGAGGAAAUUGAGUACAUCAAAGGCACGAGUGACUUCUUCGGUUUCAACCACUACUCCACAUCGUUUUACACUGAAAAAACUUACAAGUCUGGAAUGUAUGCCGUGCCUUCUUAUAGUGAUGAUAUCGGAGCUGUGGCCGAGGGUGACCACGAUCGUUAUGAAAAACCAGCAAGCUCUUUCACGACGCCAAUCCCUGCUGGCAUCCGAAAAUCUCUGAACUGGGUAAAAGACAGCUAUGACAGCCCUGAAAUAAUGAUUUUCGAAAACGGCUUUGGAAGUUACGGAUCUUUAGGGCUCGAAGAUAAUGCCAGAAUUGAUUACUAUGGACAAUACCUGGAUGCUGUACUGGAUGCAAUUGAAGUGGAUGGCUGUAAAAUCACCAGAUACACUGCUUGGAGUCUCAUGGAUAACUUUGAAUGGAGUUUUGGAUUGAGUGUCAAAUUCGGUCUUUUCGAAGUGGACUUUGAAGAUGAGAAGAGGACUCGCAGACCAAAACAAUCAGCUCUUUGGUACAGGAAUCUCAUAGCCAGCAGGACCUUGAAUCCAGAUGAUAAACCUCAAUUGGAAGACAUUGCGUUUUAAUUGAUUAUUCAAAUAAAGACUAAAGGCUUAUUGAA